AUGUUAAUGAAGUGGGUUUAUGCUAAUCUUGUUGUUUUGCUACUAAUUGUGGGUGUAAUCAUCUUAAAUGUUUCAGAAAUUUGUGAAGGGGGUAUAACAAGUAGCUUCUCAAGAAAAAGUAAUGAUCUUUCACUUGAUAUGCCCUUAGAUAGCGAUGUUUUCCAAGUUCCUCCUGCUUAUAAUGCUCCACAACAGGUUCAUAUAACACAAGGAGACCACAUUGGUAGAGCUGUGAUCGUCUCUUGGACAACUCCCGAUGAGCCUGGAUCAAACACAGUAACUUACUGGGCUGAAAACAGCACAGAAAAGAAACUUGCAGAAGGCAUUGUUCUUGCUUACAAGUAUGUCAAUUACACUUCAGGCUACAUUCACCAUUGCACUGUAGCGGGGCUAGAGUUUGAUACAAAAUAUUACUAUGAGGUUGGAUCUGGCAAUUCAUCGAGGCAAUUUUGGUUCCUUAUGCCCCCAGAACCUGGUCCUGAUGUCCCUUAUACUUUCGGUCUUAUAGGGGACCUUGGUCAGACACAUGAUUCAAACAGGACAGUUACACAUUACGAGUUAAACCCAACGAAAGGCAAGACACUCCUGUUUGUUGGAGACCUAUCAUAUGCAGACAACUACCCAUACAAUGACAAUGCAAGGUGGGAUACCUGGGGAAGGUUUAUUGAAAGAAAUGCUGCUUAUCAACCAUGGAUCUGGACUGCCGGAAACCAUGAAAUAGAUUUUCUACCAAAAGUGGGUGAAACUAUACCUUUUAAGCCAUAUACAUAUCGAUUUCCAACACCGUAUCAAGCAUCACACAGUACUGCUCCUUAUUGGUACUCUAUUAAAAGAGCUUCAGCCUAUAUCAUAAUCAUGGCAUCCUACUCAGCUUUUGGGAAAUACACACCUCAAUACAAAUGGCUAAUGGAUGAACUGCCUAAGGUUAAUAGGACUGAAACCCCUUGGCUCAUUGUUGUAAUGCAUUGCCCAAUGUAUAGUAGUUACGUGCAUCACUACAUGGAGGGAGAAACCAUGAGAGUUCUAUAUGAACCAUAUUUUGUCAAAUACAAGGUCGACGUCAUCUUUGCUGGUCAUGUACAUGCCUAUGAGAGAUCAGAACGUAUAUCCAACAUAGCAUACAAUAUCAGUAAUGGUGUAUGUGGUCCUGUCAGUGAUCAGUCUGCUCCAGUUUACAUAACUAUUGGAGAUGGAGGGAAUCUCGAAGGAUUGGUUUAUGAGAUGACCCAACCACAGCCAGAGUACUCUGCUUAUCGCGAGGCCAGCUUUGGUCAUGGCAUUUUCGACAUUAAGAACAGAACACACGCGUAUUUUGGUUGGCACCGUAAUCAAGAUGGAUAUGCUGUGGAAGCAGAUUCUUUAUGGCUUCACAAUAGAUAUUGGCAUCCUAUACAAGAAGAAGCUUCGGUCGCUUCAAUGUAAAAAGAGUAAUUCUAUGUGUUGCAGCUCAGUUUGGUCAUUGGUGCAUGUCAACAUUUUUGCUAUUCCAGGCCUUUCGUUAAAAAUGUUUAUGUCAAAAAUGUUGUCACUUGUACAAGAAAAUAGUACUGUAAUAUUUUAGGAUGGAAUGUUAGCUCCCCUACACGUAUUUUGUACAAUGAUGGGAUUAAUGUAAGUGCUUAUUCAAAUAACUAAAUUUGUGAAGUAAAAGAAAGUAAAAUUGUUCGGCUGAUAUACCCCUGAA